AUGGAGGAGCCUAAGGUUGGGAUGUUGUUUAACUCUAUUGAUGUAGUCAUGGAGUUUUAUACGAGAUGUGGGAAAGAAAUGAGUUUCGCCGUGUCUAAAAGGAUCUCUACAAAAGGAGACUAUGGGGAGGUAAGAUAUGUUACUGUUGCUUGUACUCGUAAUGGAAAUAAUACCAUACCUGAGAUCAACAACUCUGGUAAGGGACAGAGUUACUGGCAUCCUGCUAUGGACGCCUCCUCCAUUUCUUCAUCUGAUAUGAAGUGGUAUUUAUCGAUGGCCCAAACAGCAAGAACAACCUUCCUUCACCGCGGAUGGACAAGCUUCUCUGGACAUUUUAACGCUGCCUCUAUUGAUAUGAGAUUCAAUGUCACAGAAGGCCAGCGUACUUCCCCUUCACGCCAUGCCAUUCUCACCUUUAUUGUUCCGGUAAUCAUCAAUCUCCAGCAAUUGAAGUUUCAAGGAAAGGACAAAACUCCAUUUGAAACCCACCCAAAAACCAUGGGGUUUACCAUUACUAGUUUGCUCCUAUAUAGUGUCUUGUCCGAAGCAAAGCCGAGGUUAUCCUCUCCAACUUAUGCCACUAUUGUUCACCAUGGUAUGGCGUUGUUUGGUUUCUUGUCAUUGGCAUCUCUAGCAUCAACUCUGUUCCCAGACUCGGUUAUGCCGGUUCUAUAUGUGGUGUUCAUCAUGCUUUCAGCAGGUGGACUGCUACACUUCUUUUGUUGGACGGUAAUGGGGCAAUCAGUACAAUCAAGCCUUCCAGUUCGGUCCAUGUUAUGCCGCUUGACCGAUUCACACAGGGGCAGAGCACAUGCCUUUAUGAAUGAGAGGGAUACACUUCCAGUGUGA